AUGGCCGACAUAUUAACCCAACUCCAAACAUGCCUCGACCAGCUCGCAACCCAAUUCUACGCAACCCUCUGCUACCUCAGCACCUACCACGACCAUGUCCCCGCCACAGUCCCCCCAGCUUCAUCCGGCAUCACAGACUCCAUGCCCGCUCUGGCCAAAAUCCCCCGUAACCAACCCUCUGCAGCACCCAUGCCUGCAGGCGCAGCCGCAAAACAAACCGCCGAACAACAAGGUCAAGCCUCACCAUCCUUAGGCGUGUCAGGCGGAGCUGCGGCGGGAGGAGGAGGAGAGACGUCGACGCUCCCUCCAGGCGCGAACGGACUGGGGAUGACGUCCCUGACACCCGGGCAAGGAGAUCCGAAUCAGCCUCCAGUACCGGAUUCGCCUCAGUUGUUUCUGUAUCGUCAAAGGGAGUUAGCGCGUGAUUUGAUUAUAAAGGAGCAACAGAUUGAGUACUUGAUUGGAAGGUUACCGGGCAUCGGCUCAUCGGAGGCAGAGCAAGAAGCGCGAAUUCGAGAGUUGGAGAGCGAAUUGAGACAGGUUGAGCUUGCGAGGGAGAAGAAGGCGAGAGAAUUGAAAAAGUUGGGGAAACGGCUGGAAUUGGUCUUGGGAACUGUUGAGAGAGGGAUUUAUUCGAAGCAGCAGAGGGGUGUUCAGGAGUGA